CUUUACGCAACGAGCAGUGCAGUGAAAUUUUUUUUUAAGAAUCGUUUUUGAAGAAAAUUUUAACAGGAUUUCAUAAGUGUUUUUUUGAGAUCGAAUUUGUUAACAAAAACUUCCUUAACCAUGGUAUGCUUUAAGAGUUACAUUGCUAAGAGAACCGUUUUAUUGGAGAGUUUGAUCGAAGCAUUCAACCCUCACAGAACGACACCAUGGAGCAACCUCUUGAUUUAAGCCAAAACAGUGACUCAAACAAACGAAGUGAAUACAAUAUGGACGUGGAGGAACCUAUUUGUCAAUACCCUAACUGCUCCUGUCCCCUCAAGCACAUCACCACGCUGGAGAGCCCCAAACACCGACAAAGUCCCCCCGGGACGGAACAUUACAUGCCACACUCCAGCGUAAUGGAAAGUCCCUACGACGGACGACACGAUGGAAUUCCUUAUGACGGUGGUCUAGGAAAAAGGACAUAUAUGGAUGAAUGUGCAAACGCUAACUAUUACCAUCCUAAAAGGCGAAAGAUUGAGAUGUACAAACAAAGGAUCGCUAGAUCGACUUCUGAGAACAGCUUGUCUUCGUACGAUGAUCCUUACUCAACUUUAAACGUUGAAUACCAAGGUUACGCUCCUAACGGAAAUAUACCGUACCCUAGUCAGGAAAAGAGUAGUGAAUUAUACUGCAAAACCAGAGCCAUAAAUACACCGACCACAGUGGCAGGAGAAGAUAUCUCCAUGGAGGGAAUGUAUCACCCUACAACGAAUGAUGACGACUACCGCGAGAGAAGCUACAGCACAAGUCACAUUCAAAGAUUACCAAAGAAGCGCCAAUACACACGACAGUACUCAAACAAUUCCUCAUCUCAGCAAAUGUCUCCACGUCCGUCACAAAGCAGCGGUCACGUGACUCCACCAUCUCAGCGUCACCCACAUCAGCGUAGCAAGGCGGCGCCAAGCGCCACGGUCACCAGCGAAAAGGAGGGGAAAGAGAAUAACAAAGAGACGGCUAGCUCAAUAAAAGCCGACAUGAUACGGGAAAUAGACAAUUGCCCGGACACUGACGAUGUUGCGACAUUCCGGAAACAGCUGUUUGAAAAUAUCAUGAAGAGUGCCAAACAAGCGCGGGAGGCGAAGCUUAAGUGCAACAAUACCGGUGGCGGUUUGGUGGCGUUAGAUUACUUAAUCUCAGAUAAUGUACUCCACAGUGAGGAUAAACCAUUCAAGGCUAGGAAUAACCACAUCCAACAAAUCAUCCGCGGCGAAAAGCCCGGAAAAUUGUGUUUAAUGGACAUAGUCGAAUUACAAGUCGAGAUAGGAUUAGCUUAGAUAGAUAUAUAUUAAAUUUUAUCUUGACAAUCGUCUCACUUUUAUUGCAUGAAAUUGUCAUCCUCUAAUGGACGUUUUGUCGUCAAAGAGAGAGCGAGCUUGGUAGAUUUGAAUCUUGAAAAAAAAUGUAGAAUAGAAUUUUACAUCUAGCAGCACUUAAAGUGCUUUGCUAGAUAGAGUUCGAUUUCAUUUUAUGUAGUUAAGAAAAGUUUUAUGAAAUAUAGAAAAAAAUAUAUUUAAAAAAAUUGGGAUAGAUCCCGUUUUAGAAAAAUGUGUGUUGUAAACAAAAUAUUUAUUACAAAUGUUGUACAAGUGAUGUCUGUGUUAUGUUAAGCUAAAGUUUGAAUGGUUCAGUCGUUAGUUGAUCUAGCAUCAAAUUAUACAUGUGGGAAUGGUGAAUCUUAGAAUAUUCCUAUACUUUCUACCAAUAAGCAACAUACAUGUAUACUUUUUGCCCCAACAAAUUCCAAGAAUCUUGCAUUACUCUUACCUAUAUUUUAACACCCAAACUCAAAAAAAGGUAUUUUUUAAAUAAUUAAAUUUUGAUAUCAAUAUAAAAGUAACAAGAAAACUUUUAAUACAGGUUAUUUUAUUACCACAAUAAUUAUAAGCAGGUUGAAUUUUAAGGCUAUAUGAUUUAUGACCGUGCUUUUCUGUAUAUUUUUGGAGUCUUUAUACUUCCGGUGAUAGGUUGAGUUAUCGAGUAUCCUUAAAGAAAUCCUAUAUAUCGUAAGAAAGGGACAAAUGCUGAAAACAAGAUUCUGAGUUAUAGCUCUCUAAAAGGGAGAGUCCCAAAUUUUUGUGUCAUGAAUGGAUUUUUUGCUUUGUUGCUCACUAAGUGAGGAAGCUAGUGGCGGUUAUCUCUAUAUAACAGCUUUACAAAGUGCAUUGGUAACUUGUCAUUUUGCAAUAUACGAUCUGUGAUGUAUGAGUUUAUAUAAUCAGAAACCCAGAGCCUUUCAGAGGGAAAGUUUAAAGGUGAACGUUUAAAGGUGAGGAGUCAAAUUGAGGUAUGCAAAAAAAGUGUAUUUUGUGAAAGCGUAUAGGCCAAGAUUAUUUUUUGUUACGCUGAAAAUUUGUGAAAAAUACCAAAUGUAAUUGUACAAAGAAGCUUGUAUGUACACACGCAUCUGCAUAUUUUUUUGAUUGCUGAACAGCAAACACGUUUAUAUAUAUAAAUAUAUAUGGUGCCAUGA